AUGCCUGGUUUUGAUAAUAACUUUGCCGUGAUGGGAGAAUGGUUAGACCCUAUUCCUAACCACAAGAAGAGAUCCAAAGCUGAGCUUGAAAGAGAGGUCCAUUUAGAAGACAUUAAGAAUAAGGGUUUUAUGCAUGCAAGUUUUCAAGAGAAACCGUGCUACUCAAGCAAUGGUCUUAGUGAGAGGAUUGCUGCGAGAACCGGGUUUAAAGUACCAAGGUUAAAGACUGAGAGUAUUUUUCCAUCUACAUGUUUAGCCAUCUCUUCUCCUGGUGUUAGCCCAGCAACUCUACUAGAGUCUCCUGUUUUCCUCUCAAACCCUUUGACAUCUCCAACAACAGGAAAGCUCUCAUCACUACCUUCAGAUAAAGCUAAAUAUGAGUUCAUUGAAGACAUUUCCUUAACCUUGAGCCUCGAUCCUACUACAAACAUCGGUUCAGAACCCGAUGAUUCACAAGCCUAUGAGCAAGCACACGACAGCGAUUUAGGAGACUCGAUGCCUAGUGGUGCGCCUGGAGAUGAUGGAUACAACUGGAGAAAAUACGGACAGAAGCUAGUUAAAGGAAGCGAGUAUCCACGUAGCUAUUACAAGUGCACGCACCCGAACUGUGAGGUCAAGAAGAAGGUUGAACGGUCUCGGGAAGGUCAUAUUACUGAGAUCGUAUACGUGAAAACUCAUAACCACCUCAAACCUCCAACAAACAGACGUUCAGGCACCGGACGAUCUGGUACAGGCGAUGACAUGCAAAUAGAUGGAACUGGAACCAAGGAGAACUUACAAUGGACAUCACCUGUUUAUGAAGAGGUCGGAUACGGAAGCCAUUCUGGAUCAAUGCAGGUUCAAAGCGGGACUCAGUUCGGGUAUGGUGGUGUAGCAACCGAUGCCUUCUCUAAGGAUGAAGAAGAUCGCACGUCCUACAUGAGUGUCUCUCUGGGUUACGACGGACAAGUAGAUGAAUCCGAGCCAAAGAGGAGGAAACUGGAAACGAGUGGAUCAAGCCGAGGCACCCGUGAGCCAAAAGUCGUGGUGAAGACCACAAGUGAUAUUGACAUCCUCGAAGAUGGCUAUCGCUGGCGCAAGUAUGGGCAAAAGGUCGUCAAGGGAAACCCGAAUCCGAGGAGCUACUAUAAAUGCACAGCUAGUGGAUGUAACGUAACUAAGCAUGUGGAGAGAGCUUCUGAUGACCUCACGUCCGUACUAACCACUUACAUAGGCAAACACAAUCACGCAGUACCAGCAGCACGUAACAGCAGCCACGUCGGUUCGGGCAGCUCAGGGACCGUCCAAGGCGGUUUAGCGACUCAGACCCACAACCAACAUGUGCACUAUCCAGUGCCACGCAGUAGUUCUGAGGGAAUGGUCACAGCCAACUCAUCACUACAUGACUUCCAGCCAUACCUGAGGUCUCCUUCAGGUUUCUCGGUUUACUAUGUAGGCGAAGCCGAGCUUACAGAUAUUUCAGUGUCUGGUUUACCUAUUGGGCAAGAGAGGUUUCUCGGCCUGGAAGCGCUUGCCACUGGUGAUCCGGAUGGGCUGAUGUUGCAGUUAGCAGCAGAGCCGAAGGUGGAACAAAUGUCACAACAGGAACUAGGAUUGUCAAGGAGCUCAUUGAUAGAUAUAAUGAGUAGAUUACCACAAAUAUGA